AUGACUUUCGAGCAGCGCCUGUAUACAAUAAAGUUCAUGCUACGGAGUGCACGGAGGCAGCUGGAAGAAAUUGGCGGGCUUGGAGGAUUAGACAAAGAGGUUGAAAUCAGCCUCAAAUAUGGUUUGUACCAACUCGAGUUCCUCGCCGCCGAGAUAACAGUGAUUGAGCCUAAAGGAAGUAAUGACACUUACUUGAAAAAAUUGGCAAAGGAAGUUGUCCAUGACUUACCUUGGUUUUCAGACCCAGAGGGACCAGGUGAGCGGCAUUGUUUAGUUAAAGAGGUACCAAUGUUCGACAUGGAGAAGGAAAGAAUGGAUAUAAGACGUUUGUUGCUUAUGAAGGACACAUAUAAUUUUGGUCGUGUCUCGGUUGUUCCCAUUCUUGGAAUGGCUGGAACCGGCAAAACUGUUGGGUAUAUGUCAAUAGAACUUACAAAAACAUCUCUUGCACGCCUAGUCUAUCACGAUCAAGAUAUCCAACAACAUUAUUUCGACAUCAAACUUUGGGUUGAUAUUUCUGGAUGUCAUUAUCCUGUAGAUAUAUUAGAGGGGAUUUUUCGUGUGGGCGAAUUUGAUAAACGCACUUUUAGUGUAGAUGUGCUUGCUUCAAUUUUAAAGGAGAAAAAACUCUUUCUCGUAUUAGAGAAUUUGUUAGUUGAGGACAAUGGUGAAUGGUUCGAUUUGUUAGAGCCUUUGUUAUCGAUGUGCGCUAGAUGUAAAGUUGGAAGCAAGAUAUUGAUCACCACAAGGUCUACAUCAUUAGAACCUCAUGUCCUCCUACUCCAUGAAAUGGCUGAAGGUGCACUCUAUGUAUUGAAAUCGCUCGACGAAUAUAACCGCAGGAUUUUGUUUCUGAACAUAGCAUUCAGAGGUGUAGUAGAAGAGUGUAUAAAUCCCCACCUGAAAGACAUUGGUCUAGAAAUUUUUAACCAAUGUGGUAGUAAUCUACAUGUCGUAAAAAUCAUAGCUUCCAUGCUUUCCUUUGAGCCAACAAUAGAGAAGUGGCAGUACAUAAAUGACAUAUUAUUCACAAGCAUAGAGGAUCCUGUAAAAUCUAUUCAGUCAAUAGUGGACCUUAUGCAACGACACAAUGCCUAUACAUGGCCACUUUUGUAUUACUCUGCAUUGUUUCCACUUGAUUACAAUUUUAGCAAAUUGGAAGUGCAUCAGUUUAUAGAGAUCCAGCAACCUCUUGAUUCUGUUUGUUCAGAACAAACGCUUAAUGAAUGUUUUAUGAAGCUUCUUAAUAUGGGAUACUUUUAUGAAGACCGAAAAAGAGACGAAAAUGGUGUCAUAAUCUGCUACAAAGUAAGAGUUUUGAUGCAUGAGGUGUUGAAACAUUUAGUAAAGGAUGAAUAUUGUUUAAUGGAUAAGCGUAAAAAGGAUGCAGCUGUUGAUGUUCGCAUGAUUCGACAUGUAAGCUUUAUUGUGGACUCUUCUUGGGAAGCUCCAUCAUGGCUUCAACAUGCCGAACAAUUGAAGUCUCUUAUUUUUCUCUCUAGCAAAUCAUGUGAUGGGUAUGUUACCAUUUCUAAACUCAACAAAAUCUUAGAGAAUUUAAAGGCAUUACAAGCUUUGGAUUUAGCCAUUGUUGAUUGUAGUAGUUGUCUGAAUUCCAUAGGGCAGCUAAAGCACUUGAAGUACCUCAGACUUGGGGCCUCCAUUGAAGUCCUACCUGAUUGCAUCACAAAUCUUCAAUUCUUGCAAAUUUUGGAUCUUCAACGCUCUAUGGUCCGAGAGCUACCAAUAAGUUUUCAUAAGUUAUGCCAUUUGAGGCACUUGUACACUGGAGGUAGAUUGAUUGAUCUUCCACCAAGGUUUGAUGAACUUUCAGAAUUACGAACCUUAGAUGUGUUCAUAGUUGGCGAGAAUAAUGGGUUAGCUACACUCGCGAGCCUUGAUAAUCUAGCUGGAAAGCUGAUGAUCCGUUAUCAAGAAGGUCGCCAGAAGCACACAUUACCCGUAAAAGCAAGAAUAUUAGCAAACAUGAACCUAUACGACCUAUCAUUAGCUUGGACAUCUUUUACUGGAGAACUAGUUGGUGAAAAAGAUCAAAACAAAGAUGAUGUUAUGCAGUUUGAACUCUUGCGACCCCCUUUUACUCUCCAAAGAUUAACAGUUCAAGGUUGGAAGGGAGUAAAGUUUCCACGAUGGACGACAAAUCGAUUCACUAUCUUACUUGACAAACUUGUGUCAAUAAAGAUUGGAGACUGCAGUAAUUGUCAAUAUCUACCUUCCUUCAGAUCACUUCGUAGUCUUGAGUCACUUCAACUUUGUGGCCUCAAUGCCUUGGAAUGGAUAGAGAUAUAUGAUGAUAUUAGCGAAGCUCCGCCUUAUCCAACAAGAAACUUCCCAUCCUUAAAGUAUAUGACAUUGGUUGAUUUGCCACGACUUAAGGGGUGGUCAAGUAUGGAAGCGCAAGAGAAGCAUGAAAGUUGCCAAUAUGUCCCAUGGCCGUUCUUCGAUAAUCUCUUACAACUCAAACUUAGUGGUUGCCCAGAGUUGAUGUCAAUGCCUCUAAUGCCGAGCCUUCAUUCAUUGGAAGCGAGUCAUAUCAAUGAUAAUCUUGUGCAACAUCAUCUCAGUGCCGAGGUAGUACCAGGAUUUCCGCUCCUCGAAAGCCUUCGCUCCUUAAAAUUGACAAAUAUGUCAACACUAGAACCCCUGCCAAGGGGGUUUGAUUGCCUCACAACACUUGAGGAGUUGUCUCUUUGUUGGCUUUAUAAUGUGAGAGUGCUGCCGGAAUCAAUUGAGCAUCUCACCCGACUUCAACGACUUGUCGUUCGAUAUCUGCCUAAUUUAGUGUAUCUACCUGAAUCAAUUGGUCGUAUUACAUCUUUACAACAUGUUGAGAUUCAAUAUUGUCCUAGAUUGAAACAAAUUCCAAAGUCUUUUCCUCAGCUCAACAACUUACAAUCUCUUGAGAUUAAGGAAUGUAUUAAGCUCCAGAAAAGGUGUCAGCAGCCGAGUGGCGAAGAUUGGCCUCGCAUUCAGCACAUCCCCAAUGUUUAUCUCAUGUGA